CAGUGACUCAUGGAGCGGUACCAGUCCCUGGGUCUGCUCGGCGAGGGGAGUUACGGCUCGGUGCUGAAGUGCCGGCACCGGGACUCCGGCCGCCUGGUGGCCAUCAAGAAGUUUGUGGACUCAGACGAUGACAAGACGGUGAAGAAGAUCGCUCUGAGGGAGAUCAAGCUGCUGCGGCAUCUUCGUCACGUGAACCUGGUGGACCUGCUGGAGGUGUGGAGGCGGCGCCGGCGCUGGUACCUGGUGUUUGAGUUUGUGGAGCGGACUCUCCUGGAGGAUCUGGAGCUCCACCGUGGUGGACUGGACCUGGACACCAGCCGUCAGUACCUGUACCAGGUCCUGAGGGCCACAGCCUUCUGCCACCAGCAGAAUAUCAUCCACCGGGACAUUAAGCCAGAGAACGUCCUCAUCUCUCAGGGGGGCGUGGUCAAGCUGUGCGACUUCGGCUUCGCCCGCACGCUAGUGGGCGACGUCUUCACCGACUAUGUCUCCACUCGCUGGUACAGAGCUCCUGAGCUGCUGGUGGGAGACAUCAGAUAUGGAAAACCGGUAGACGUGUGGGCUGUGGGUUGUCUGUUAUUAGAGAUGUUCACAGGUCAGCCUCUGUUUCCCGGAGACUCAGACCUUGACCAGAUUCACCACAUCACCAGGUGCUUUGGUCACCUGACAGCUCGUCACCAGGAGCUGUUCUACAGGAAUCCUGUUUUCUCAGGAGUCAGAUUACCAGAAUGUUACGGUCAAGUCCUGCUGAGUCAGCGCUUCCCUUCAGUCCCCCCCGCCGCCGUGGACCUGGCACAGAGCUGUCUCCAGAUGGAUCCAGAAAGACGAGCUCAUUGUUCCGAGCUGUUAGAACAUCCUCUGUUCACUCAAGACUCUUUCCACCUCAGGUUCUUGAAUGAGCUAAAUGCUAAGAUCCAAAAGGACCACAGAGAAAACUCCAACCUUCCUAAAAUAACCAAAACCCCCAGACGCCAAAAGGAAGAAAGGAAUGAGCAAAACCAGAGAAGCAAGAAACAACUGGAAGAUGUGAGUGAGAAGGUUUACGAGGAAAUGGAAAAGAAAGACAAGAAGGAAGAAGAGAAGACGGAGAAAACUAAAAGAAGAGCAAAGUUUUGUAAAACCACUCGGAACACCUCCGAACCUUCAAUGAGCAACAAACAAUCCAGAACCUUCACAGGCAAAGUUUCCCAAAACGCAGCAAGAGCUUCAGUAGCCAUGAAAAGUAAAACAGGAAAGUCCACUGGUGCAGGGUCGAGGAAGGAAUUCACUAAAUCAGAGAAAAGUCUCACCACUGAUUCAUCUAAAGGCUCCAAGACGGCACCAGGUCUGAAGGACGAUAACUCAGAGACAGAAGAACCUCAACAUGAGACAGAUGCUCCUCCAGAACCAAGAGAAGAUCAUUUACAAAGCACAAAGAAUAAACAAGAUGGAGACUCCCCUGGCUUCUAUUCUAGUUGCACAGGCACAGCCGUGUCAAGUGAAAAAAAUGUGAUGGACAUCUGCAGAUCUUCUAAAUCAAAGUCAAGUCAAGAGAAUAUGAAGAAGAGCUGGAACAGCCCAAACCUGAGAGUUCCCAAAAUGUCUAAAAGCUCCACCAGAGACCAUGUGAGUUCAUCUUUGAAAAGCUUCCACCAAACAGCACCUGAAGCAGGUCAGCCGCCAGGCAGCGACCACACGGAGACCAGUACCCGAAACACACCUGCUGUCACCAGGCCAUGCCAGAGUCCUCCUUCUGCAGAACAUCAGAAGAACCAACUGACCUCAGAGCGAACAACAACUUCUGAAUGUUCAAAAGUCUCAAACUCAGGUCCAGAAAUGACCAGAACCAACACUUCUUUGUCCAUCAACCCGUCAGGACCUCCUACCUCAGAUCUUACAGAGGCUUCUCCUGCACACAGCUCUGUGACACCACCCACAGGAAUCUCAAAUCCCAGGUUACACAAAACUGACUCCACUUCAACUGCUAAACCCUCAGAGGACACCACAUGUGCACCCAACCAACCCUCAGAGGACCUUCCAGAAGACAAGGACCUUGUGGAAGUACUGAUUGAAACCAAAAACCAACUGGGGAGUUUUAAAACCGAGGGACACAAACACUUAAAAAUCUGCGAUAAAGAGAACAGAGAGGAUUCUGGGUCCGUCAGUGGAACCACCAGGUCUUCAGGAGAUGAAACCUCAGAACCUUCUGGAAUCUCAAGUCACACGGAGAAGAAAAGCAACGGAGUGGAAUCUGAUGUGAAGUCCUGCAGAGUCCCUCACUCCAAAUCUAUGAUUGGACAAUCUCAAGCAAAGCUUUGGUGUUUGGGCAACAACACGUCCACUGCAGCCGUGAGGACAAGAGAGACAAGGGACAACGAGAGGAAGGACUCUGUGUCCACGUCCGUCCCUUCUACAUCCACUCCAGACCACAAAGCUCCAAAGAGGAGUUUCGUCCUACAUAGCAUGGACCCUGCAGAUAAACUCCAUUCAUCUCCACCACCUCCUCCUCCGUCCUCCACUCCUCUGCUCCUCCCCCCGUCCUCCACUCCUCUGCUCCUCCCCCCGUCCUCCACUCCUCUGCUCCUCCCCCCGUCCUCCACUCCUCUGCUCCUCCCCCCGUCCUCCACUCCUCUGCUCCUCCCCCCGUCCUCCACUCCUCUGCUCCUCCCCCCGUCCUCCACUCCUCUUGUCCCCUCGGUCUCUUGGUUGGUCAGUGACCACCUCCGCCUGGGGACAGCUCUCCGUGGUGGAAACCAGGGUCUCAGGUCUGUGGACAACAUGAAGCCUCGUGGGCUCGUGUGCAGUCGACGGGUGGAACCGUCUCAGUGGAGACACGUUCCAGCGUCUCUCACCUCCAAGGUACCAGGUCCUUCAGGUUCUUCAUGAGUCUGAACAGAGAAUGUUUCCUGACUGAGUGACGGCUGCUUCCUGUCAGGUGACCGGUCACACCGGGAUCACGGAGCGCCUCCUGGUGGAUCGUUGGAACAGCAGCGGAGUCGUCCUGAACAGAAAGAAGUCAGACGUCCAUUUUCCAGAUUUGAGAAAAGGACGAGAUGGUUGGUACAAAAACUCCCUGUCAGGAAACAUCAGACUAAUGGAGACAGGUGGAGUCCCGGUGCUGGACCACAGGUCUCUCAUCCAACAUCCUGAGCUCCUGUGGCUUCACCACGUGGAGCUCCAUGACACCGAGUGGUGUUCACACACACCUCAGAUUUAUUCAUUGAGUGACAUUUGAAAUGUUAAGAUAUGUUAUGAUUAUUUAUAAUUAAUCAUUAUCAAUCUAUUAACUGUUCAAAAAUUACUCUGAUGAUUUUCCAGGCAAACACAACAACGGCUUCACCACGGAGACGAGGACGGACAUGGCGUCCCCGUCCGGUGGACAGCGGGACAGACAGGACAACCAGCGUCCAUCCUGACCACGUCCCUCCAGCUUAUUAAUGAAACACCACAACAAAAACAUUCUGUAGAUUUUUAAUGGCAGUUCAUUGAUUUUUUUGUUGAUUAAACAUUUUUAAAAACAGCUAAUAAAUGUGUAAAUAGUUUUGUUAAAUGAAGACUGGUUGAUUUUCCCAAUAAUUAAUAUCAGCUCAGAAAGAACUAAAACUAAACUGUAAAAACUUUUCCAUGAAUCUUAAUUUUAUUUAGAAACAAAAACAUUUCACGACUCGUCGCUGGAGUCUGAAGAAGAAGAGCUGUCGCUCCUUCGCUCCUCCACCCUCCUCUUCAUCGGCUGAGACACAGAACGCUGGAGCCCUGGGAGGGAAGCGUGUCCCCUGCUAUUGGUCAGGAGGUGGUACAGGAGGCGGGCUGCAGGGUUGGGG